AUAAAAACUUGUGCUUGAGCCUGUUGCUGCUCAGCUGAUAAGAGUGUGAUAUAAUACAUCGAAUUUACCUUUGUGUAUAUGCCUCUGCCUUCCUCUUGCAAAAGAAGAAAGUCAAAAUACAUUGCUACCAACAUAAGAACCACCUUGGCAAUCGGCAAUCGGCAUUCGGCAAGUGCUCGCGCAACUGUAGCAUAUACCCAGAUAAUAUAUAUAUGUAUGUGUCUAAAUUAGCAGCACUCGUUGGAUAAAGCAGUGUGAGUUCGGACGUCGCAGCAGAGCAUCAACGGAGCGCGAGUGAGUGAGCGCGCGCGCGAGAGAGAGAGACUUGGAGUGUCGUGUGGUGUCCCUGUGGAAGACGUUGCUGUGACUCGACACGACGACGACGAUCAUGGCGGCGACAAGAAGAUGGUGUUGUAGCAGCAGCUACUCGUAGUGUCUAGCGAACGUUCGUGCGCGAAGUAGAGGAGACAAUUAUUUGCCCAAUGAGUUUACGGUGAUAGCAGUUUACCACUUUGCCUUGAGCACAAGACCACGAAGAGCAAGGACUUAUUGCUUGAAUGAAAUCUGCUUAUGCAUGACAGCCAAUCGUGGAUUGUGAGACUAAUUUUCAUACCAGAUAAGUACUAUUAUUUAUGAGUAGGAUUAAAAGUCAGACAUCACCAUGAUCUCCAUUCAGAUAAUUAUCCCAUAAUGCAAACACCAUUACAUAACAGACCUAAGAUACAAGUAUUCCUGAUAGAAAAACUUUGGCCAAAGUUUUUACACUAUAAAGUAAGCCCAGAUCUUUCAAAGCCAAAAGGCAAAACGUAAAACUUUUUUUGAUAUUAACAAGCCACACACUGAUACUACUUCUAUAAUCUGCAAGUUGUUCAUCAAACAACUAAAGGCUAUAAAGUUACUGUGGCGCCAUCAAGAGAAAUAAAGUCGACGUUAGCUGCAGUGGAAAAAUGAGUAGUCGCUCUGAUGUUGAGACAGAGUCUAAGUGGACCUGUGAAUACUGCACUUAUGAGAACUGGCCGUCGUCGCUGAAAUGUACAAUGUGCAGAGGGGCCAAGCCACUUCUUGGUGAAGACAUUUAUCGUUUGAGGGAUACUAGUCCACAACGAUCAACCUCAAAUGUUGCUUCGGGUCCUGUGCCACCAGACAGUGAUUCAUACAAUUUAGGUUCACAAAAUUACAGUCAGAAUGUGCCACCGGAUGGAAAGUGGUACUGCGAAGGGUGCACCUAUCUCAAUUAUCAGAAUGCAACUCGUUGUACAAUAUGCUCAGUUCGACGCUCGCCAACAAACACCACACCACAGCACAAUCAGCAUCAACCGGUUAUCGCCUCCAAUCUUCACGAGCAACUUGCACCGCUCAGACUUGGUGAUCCACCGCCCACGCCUCCAACAAAUUCGCAGUGCAAUGCACCAUCGCAGGAAAAAUGGUCAUGCACAACGUGUACCUAUGAGAAUUGGCCAAAAGCGAAUAAAUGCGUGAUGUGUGCACAUCAACGUGAAAGAGAACGAGCAGGGCAUCAACAUCAUCAGCAGCACCAACAGCAGCGUGAGAGGUCCGCGAAUAAUGCAGGCAUGAUAUUGCCAAGCCCCGAGAGGGAUCUACACUACAAUCAGCGCGGAUUACCCUCGCCACCACACACGCCUUACAUUCACCAAGCACAGCGUGAAGACAACCUCGCGAUAGCUAGGCGAAGUUCACACAGAUUAGACGGUAGAAAUGACAGUCUUCCCGCGCCGCAAUCACCAAACAACUGCGACUACGAGCGCCGAUUGAAGCAGUUGAGACGCCACAACGACUGGUGCUGGUUAAACGCCUGCCUAGGCAUUGUUGAGGGUGAUAAUGCUGCUGUAGAGGCUUAUCUCGCUAGUGGUGGCGAUCCAGCCCGUCAAUUAACGCAUUCCGAGGUCUUACUGUUGAACAGAAGCAGUGCUUUUGACAUAGGACACACCUUAGUUCAUUUAGCGAUCAGGUUUCAGAGAGAAGAUAUAUUGGCGACACUGUUAUCACAAAUCGAGGGUUCAGGUUCUGGGAUAAAGAGAGUGCCGAGUUAUGUUGCACCUGAUCUUGCAGCUCAGAUACGCCGUCAUGUUACCAAUAGCAUACGUAUGCGAAAGGGUUCUUUUCCCUGCUAUUUCGUCACCGACAUGGCAACAUUUGCUUUACCUGCCGAGGUAGAAGAUUUGCCAAGUAUGGUACAAGAACAAAUGUUAGAAGAGUUGUUAGACAGGGAAGCUCAACAACAAUUGGAAGGUGGCGAACCACCGGCGUUGAAUUGGUCUCUUGAGAUAACGGAACGACUUGGCAGUCGACUUCACGCGUUAUGGAACCGUUCUGCCGGCGAUUGCCUUCUUGACUCUGUGAUGCAGGCUACUUGGGGUGUCUUCGACCGUGACAAUGCACUACGACGUACCCUUGCUGAUACUCUCAAACAAGCUGGAGAAUUUUUCCAUCCUCGUUGGCGGGAAUAUGAAGCUUCGCAAGCUUCCAGGAUGUUAGAUUUCACUCUUGAGGAGACGCAGUGGCAGGAAGAUUGGGAGAACCUGUUGGCUACGGCAGCUCAACCCGGAAGUGCACUCGAGCAGUUACACGUUUUUGCUUUGGCUCACAUACUGAGACGACCAAUUAUUGUUUAUGGUGUUAAAUACGUUAAGAGUUUCCGCGGUGAAGAUAUAGGCUAUGCCAGAUUCGAAGGAGUCUACCUGCCUCUCCUCUGGGAACCUUCCUUCUGUAUUCGUUCACCAAUAGCAUUAGGCUAUACUCGUGGUCACUUCACUGCUCUCGUUCCCAUCGAACCAUACUCUUCAUCCCGUAUCCCUGCAUUGGCUCACGGCAGUGUGAAUGUAGUUGGUGGCGGCAAUAGUCCAAUUCAACAACUGCAAAUGCAAACAACAUUCAUGCCACUAAUGGAUCGUGAUCAUAAACUGUUAUCUAUACAUUUUCUCAGUCCCGAAGAAAUUGGCAGGGAAGAAACGAUACUCAAGCAAUGGCUGGACGUAUGCACUACGGAAGGUGGUAUUCUUGUUGCUCAACAAAAGUUACAUAAAAGACCGUUGCUAGUCGCACAGAUGCUUGAAGAGUGGCUCAAUCAUUACAGAAGACUAGCGUGAGUAGUAACGAAGACCAAGUCAGAUGAAUGAAGCACCGUUUUCGAGAACACUCAUGUUGCAGGACUACAGUAGCGACGGCGAUACUGAAGAUGAAUAACGCGAGCGAAUGCCAAGUAUUGCAAAAUCUCGAGCUAACACGGAUAAAUGCCUAUUUGUGAAUGAUUAGUAAGUCGGCUAAUUAAUUUCUGGAGAGAAAGCGAAAAAUAUCAGCGGGACCUAUGGUUAUUAUCAGGACAAUGUCGCCAAAAAAUAAUCGCACGCGUAGCUUCCAAUCCUCGAGAAUAAAUGUGCUCGGAACUUCAAAUUUCGAUAAAUAAAUGUAUAUUAUAUAAGAACUCAUGUUCUGGGUCUCUGCUUUGCUCGUCUGUUUUUGAGUCUUUAUCAUAGUCGUGCGGGUGGAAAGAAUGACGAUUGUGGACGAGGAAAAUCCAUUUUAUGCUUGAGUGAACCAUAAGAACUGCAAAUUUAUAGGAAAAUGACAAUAUUUUUACAGUUCUCUUAAUUUGUGAACAAAGUAUAGUAAUUUUCCUCGCCAAUGAUUUUUCAGAGCUUUUAAAAAACCUUUCAAAUAGUUAUAGUGUACUUGUAGUUUUUUGAAUGAAGAUUUUUAAGAGACGAGCAAACCAGAAAUCUAGAACUCUAUCAAGUUACUUAGCGAGGUAACUCGAUUAAUUUUUUUCGAAUCUCCAUCGAUUCGCACGAUUAGCUGUACAUGAAAAAUAAUUUCAGAUAAUAAGUUUAUUUAUUAACUUUAUUGACUUCACAUAUGUUGUAUGUGUAUGAAAUUGAAGUAGAGAGAGAGAAGAGAGAGAGAGAGAGGAGAGAGAGAGAGAGAGAGGGAGAGAGAGAGAAGAGAGAGUGAAAGAGGGCGAAUGAGAUCGAGAGAGAAAGAGAGAAUGAAUGAAUGAGAGAGUGAAAGAAACGUCGGAUUUCUUAUUUUUUGCUUCGCAUAGUCGUAAGUAAAAAUCAGAAAGCUUAGAUGAAAAAUAAAUUUAAUUAUAGUAAUGGUUGAGGUCGAAACAAAAUAAAUAAAAAACCACAGUUUUUUGAUUCCACUAGGGAUGUACCGGUGCUGCUAAACAAAUAAUUAAGUAAAUAAAACUCUAUAAAAUAAAAUUUGCAAAUCAAUUACUACUUGACGCAAUAGGCGUUUACCUUCAAUCCGUGAUGAGCUUGAGUCGUGUGUAAAAUCCUUACACUGUCCGUAUUGUCGGAUUGAGUCUAUAACUAGACUUUGUUGUUAACCAAUAGCUGAAUUUAUCGUACGAAGGAUGUAGAGGCUUUCAAAGAAAAUUUAGAGUAAAAACAAAAGAAACUUUUUUAUGUAUUUUCAUUUCAUGCAGAAUAAUCAUUGUUCGAGAAUACUUCUACACAAACUAAACAUAACAUUUUAUCUGUAAAUAUUUUUAACUGGCUUUAUCAUGAUAAUUCAAUUAAUUGUGAUUAUACUUUUAAUACUUUCAAGAUAGUGUUUUCAACAGUAAGUUAAUACACAGCUGUAGCCUCUUCCUUUCUCGACUCCAAUACAGUAAAAUGAAACAAAAAGAAAAAAAUGAUAAAAAAAUAAAAUCAUAUGAUGUAUUAUCGUUACUGGUUCUCACUGGGGAAUCAAAUCGUCUUGUUCUGAAGCGUUCCUUGUUGAAUUAGCUUUAAUGGCAAAACUGAAAAUAAGAAAAAAAAAAUUAACCAUAAAGUCGCAAACAACGAUGCCGUGUUUAAUGGCGUAAAAGCGAAGUAUUUUAAAAAUAAAAGUCAGUGCACUUCCGUCUAAUCGUGUUAUAUCGAAGAGUUUCAAAAACCAGAAAGUUGCAUCUAAUUUAGAGUAAAAAUGUCCUUUACCAAUUCGCGAUUGUAAUGGUUAAUACAACAAAAAAUAAAUAAAAUACAAGUGUGGAAUGGAUAUAUAAUUUACAAUUAAAUAAUCGCUCGGCCAAACGAUUAAAACCUUAAUCAAAAGAGUACAAAGAAAUUAUAAUGGAGUCCCUUCGUUAAUUAUUGUACCCUGCUUACAUUUAGUCUUUGUUUCAAGGUAAAGUCGAGUCACGACGCUGUAGGCUUUUAAACAAUAUUUCAUUAGUUAUCAAGGUACGCGCUCAGUCUCUUUUAGCAACACUGAUGUAAAAUACAAUCAAUGAUAAUAAUAAUUAUUUUUAUUUCUAAAUGAUUAUAUAUGUGGGUUUUUGAGAUUGAAAAUAAGAUUUUGACAUUCUAGACGUAUGACUUUUCUGUAUUUUAAUUGGUUGGUUGAAGAGAUGAAAUGUGUAUUUGUGGAAUGACAAGACAAUUAUUUGUGAUUUGUAAAAGAAACGUAAGUAACAGUAACAGUCGUGUCUCAACUAGGAAAAAAAAUCAACUCUAACGUAGACUCUAGUCCUUUAGCGUUUUAUUAUCGUUUUAUUUUGCUCCAAUCACAAGCGAUUGUGAUGUUACUGUGUAAUUCAUUAUGGGGUGAGAGGGGAAGAGAUAUUGACGCGAAAAGUUUAAAAUUAACAGAUAAGCAGAGUAUAUAUUAUGUUGUAGAAAUAAAGAUGAAUCAUGGGAUUAUGAAAAACCGUAAAGCAACACGUCCUCUCUGCAUUUUUUGUUCUCUUUGAAUGUCAUUCACUCUCUUUUUGUUGCAAAUAAAAGUGUAUGUAACGUUACGACGUGCCUUGCACGCUGUGGUAAUUUUUCUGAGCGAGCGAUUAUAAAGUUGAGUGGCAAAAAAAUAAUAAAAAAUCUGUUUUAAGUGUUUUUUGCGUUGCCACGUGUUUUUUGUAUGGCAUACGACAGUUAAAGAGGUUAUUUAAACGUGAGAAAAAAAUGUAUGUGAAAGGCGGGAGAGUGAAGAACAAAUUUAAUGGAACAAAGAAGCAGAUAGAAGUCUAUAUUAAUAUAGAAAAAUAUAUGAAAUGGAUUAUAUUGAAUAUAUAUCGAUGUAUAAUAAUUCUGAAGGACAAUUGAAUGAUUUAUUAAUUAUUCAUUAUUAAUGCUACUACAAUUAUAUCGUCGUAAUAACUAUGGUUAAUGCCACAACCACCGUGAUAAAAUAAAAGAAUAGAUGAAAAAUUUAAGCAGAAUGAUGAAGCUUCGAAAAAAGUCCAGGAGACAGCCAAUUAAACAAGGAUUGUAUAAAAACUCGCAAAAUGAGAAUGUUCAUAUUUGCUGUGAAGUUCAAACUUGUAAGGAAAUAGUUAAUAUGGUUUACGACUUAUUAUAUUUCAAAAACAUCACUAUAGAUUUUCUUUCCUUCAGGACACUUGCUUUUCACUAAAUAAAAUCAAUUUUUUAAUUUAUUUGAAAAAAAUAAAAUAAAAAUGCAUCGAGAGUUUUUUCAAUGUGAAAUCUCCCGAUCCUGUAAUGUGAUUAUCUCUGUGAGUCGGAUUUUAUUAGUAUUAUUCGAAUUGUCGAAGAAAAAAAUUAGUUUUAUUUUAAGUUUUAUUUUUCCCCUUUUGAAGUAUGAUCAUAGUGAAACUAUGAUCUAAAAUGGUUUUUAAGUGAUCACGUAGAUUUUUUUUAUCCUUUCGCUCACUUGAAUGAUUUUGUUUGUUUACAAUUUUUAUGCCCGACACAGCUUGUACUUAAGUUUGUUUCUUUUUAGGAGAAUUUGAGACAAAAAUAAAUACAAAAUGGAAAAAAUAAUAUUUUAUAUUUAUUAUUUAAUGUUGAAUAAUUUGAUGUAAUCCAUAAAAAAGACAUCCUGCAAUAAAUAACUAUAUUGUAACAAAAACCUAAUUUUUUUGCGUUUUGUUUUGUUAAAUGUUUAGAGUUUCAUGCUUGCACACAAAAUUAAGAUUAUUUGCCUAUUCACUUAAAACUUGGCAUUAUAAAACAAUGAAGUUUUAAACAUUGUAGUGAAAGUGCGAAUGUUUUAAAAUUUAGUAAACUUUAAACAAUUUUAGAAUGUCUGACUCCGUAGACAUUGUCAAAAUACUAAUACGCUAAUCGAAGACUUUAGUAUGAUUAUUUAUAUUGAAUUUUAUUCAUUUUACAUAUUUAUUGUAUAUUUCUCUGACACAUUUUAGAUUAAACUUAAUUCGAACAGCAUUGUAGUAGUGUGACGUAAUUUAUUUUGAUUUACUUUUUGUGAAAAAGCAGAAAAUAUUUUUUUAUCUUGUUUUAUAUAUUAAGCCAGAGUUAAAAAGAUCCAUACAUAUGCGCACAGCCAUAUGCGUGCUAUAUAAAGGUAAGCCUAUUUCUUACCUGUAAUGGGUUCUGCGAA